GUGAAGACUAUAAAAGAGCUCCUCCUCGGCUCCUCAUCAGACCUCACCUGUUCCUGUCUGACUCUGGCAGCGCUCACUGACAGCAAGCAGCACAGCAAAAUGAGCGCUAAGAAGUCUCCCGAAGAAAUGAAGAGCAUUUUUCAAAAAUAUGCAGCCAAAGAAGGCGAUCCAAACCAGCUGUCCAAGGAGGAGCUGAAGCUGCUCAUUCAGUCGGAGUUCCCCAGCCUCCUGAAGCAGGCUUCAAGUACUCUAGACAAUCUCUUUAAAGAGCUGGAUAAGAACGGCGAUGGAGAAGUUAGCUAUGAAGAAUUCGAAGUUUUCUUCAAAAAGUUAUCACAGUGAAGCCAGAAGAAGGAGCUCCGACACCACCUACUGAUUGAAUCCUAUCCAACCCCAAAGAUCUAGCUGUGAGAGCAAGAUACUGUUAAUAAAGCAAAUUCUGAGACAUGUC